CACCCACUCAUUCCUCCACCUUCGCUCUCGCAGCUGCUCUGGAAGCUGGCGUCGGCGACAUGGCGCUACGCCGCUGCUGGUCGUGCGUUAGUGACUAUCGAUAUUGGCUACUUUUAGUCGCCCUUGUGCUUGUUUUUAAUCCAUUGCGAUGUGCUACGACUCGGCUGUACUCGAGCACGGACCCGUUAACCAUCCUGACCAGCGAGACGUUGAAGAAGAACCUGCAGAACUCGUCGACCGCUUGGCUGGUGCAGUUUUACUCGUCCUGGUGCGGGCAUUGCAUCCAGUACGCGCCGACGUGGAGCGCUUUGGCCGGGGAUGUUAAAGACUGGGAUACAGCAAUCCGAAUUGGAGUGCUAGACUGUGCCGAUGAGAAGAAUUUUGAUACCUGUAAAGAAUAUGGAAUCCAUUUCUAUCCCACAUUCCGGUAUUUCAAGGCUCUGAAUAGCCAACCUGACACGGGAAAGACCUACAGAGGGGCAGACCGGGAACUGCCAACAGUCCGACAGCUUAUGGUAACAUUUCUGCAAAACCACAGCCAAGAAGACUGGCCUCCUGCUUGCCCUCCACUAGAACCCUCCAGGGCUCUUGAAAUUCUUUCCUUGCUCGGUCAGAAGUCUCACCAGUACACUGCUGUCAUCUUUGAGGAUGAGAAAUCUUUUGUGGGACGUGAGGUGAUUUUGGACCUGAUGCCAUACGAGGGUCUAAAAGUGACCCGAGUUGCUGAGCCAGAUAAGAUUGUGCGAGAGAAGUUAGGAAUCGAGUCUUUUCCUUCAGGGUAUCUCUUUAGUCCUGAUGGCUCACAUGGACUCAUUGAUGUGCAGAAACCUUUACGUUUUUUCUUUUCAUCCUACUUAAAAUUGCUUCCUGGAGUGAGAAGGAAACAGGCUCGUCGCAUCCCAGAAAAAGUAGUGUCUGUUGAAAAUGGUGUACAUGUAGCCUGGAAAGAGUUUAACAAGUCCAAAGUCUACAUGGCAGAUCUUGAGUCUGGACUGCAUUACCUGCUUCGUGUAGAAUUGGCUAGUCACAAAACACUAGAAGGAGAAGAACUGAAGACUUUUAAGGAUUUUGUUACUGUUGUGGCCAAGCUUUUUCCUGGACGGCAGCCCGUCGUCAAGUUAUUGGAGACCCUGCUGGAGUGGCUCAUCAGCCUGCCCAUUGCUCGCAUUCCUUAUGAUGCAAUUCUGGAUCUUGUCAACAAUAAGAUGCGGAUUUCAGGAAUGUUUCUGACAAAUAAGAUUGAUUGGGUGGGCUGUCAAGGAAGCCAGUCAGAACUUCGAGGUUAUCCAUGUUCACUCUGGCUGCUGUUCCACACUCUGACAGUACAGGCAGCUGAACGACCAGAUGCCUUGGCCAACACAGGUUUGGAGGACAAUCCUCAGGCUGUGCUGCAGACAAUGAGAAAGUACAUCACCACUUUUUUUGGAUGCCAGGAAUGUGGCCGACAUUUUGAAGAAAUGGCAAAGGAGUCGAUGAAUCAAGUCAACACUGCUGAUGAGUCGGUACUUUGGCUUUGGAAGAAGCAUAACGUAGUCAACAACAGACUAGCAGGAGCUCUCAGCGAGGACCCCAUGUUCCCCAAGACUUCUUGGCCGACGCCAGAUCUGUGCCCUGCCUGUCAUGAAGAGGUAGAUGGACUUCACACGUGGAACGAAAAGGAAGUCCUUGCAUUCCUCAAACGCCACUACGUCUUUUCAAACAUGUCUCCCAAGUACACUGCUGAGCAAGAGGGCCCCAUGCUGGGUAACCAGGCAGAUAAGGAACCUGCUGCAGUCAAGGUGGUGGGCGAUGCUCCCAAUCCUGCUGUCCCGUCUGUCAGGCCACCGCUACUUGAGAAACAUCAAAACAAGGAGAAACCAGAAGCCAAUGUCAUUUCACAAAAGGAGCAGAAGCCUGGUGUGACUUUCCUCGUUUUGGGGUUCUCCAACAUUGACAUGAGCCUCUGUGUGCUCCUCUACGUGGCGUCGUGUCUCUUCCUCAUGGUCAUGUUUUUCUUCUUUCGAAUGCGUUCCAAAAGGUGGAAAAUUAAACACAACCGGCUGUAUGUGUAACAACAACAACAAAUAAUCAGGUGGUGGUGUUGUGGUGGGAUGUUAAUGUGGGCCAUGUCUUUGUUAGGCAAAAAUUUAAAAGUGGCAGUCACCAAAAUCCAGAGAGGGGCUUCUGGUGGUUGCAAAUCUAAAAACCUCUCUUGGUUUAGAAAAUGGCACAGUAUUAUAUGGAAAGAUUCUCUCUGCAUCAUUUUAAUUCUGGAAGGUCACCAAGGGGAGAGUGUUGUCUGCUGAAACCGGCUUCAUUAACAUCAAGUGUUGACUGCUACAGCUUUUUGUUUUGGAAGUCACUCACUUGGCCAUUUGAAAACUUCGUCACUUGCUCCAUCAUGUGGUGCGUGCAUCCUGAUUUUUGAAAAUCAUCGUUUUUUUGUUGUUGCUUUAGUGCACUGACAGUGCGGUCAUAAUCCUGCCCUUUAAAUCAUCUUAUUGUUACUUUAUAAAGUAGCCGGAUUGACAUCAUUGAGUUCAUAUUUGUACCUGGAAAAUCCAAUUCCUUGUGCCAAAUGCAUAUGGUGAGGCUGUGAACAGCUGUGGGCACCCAAUGGCUCGUGGGAGAAUCUGCUUCUUGCAGCUCCAUAAAGCAUUUAGUGCAAUAUGAUACAAGACAUAGACGUGAGUAGAGGGCAUUGCAGCACCUUUACCGUGCAAUUGCAUGCAGGGUUUUGUUUUUUCCUUUUCUGACAUCUUCUGGCGGAACCUUCCAUUUUCUUUUGUGUUUUUUUUUUUUUAAUUUGUUGGAGCUAUUCACCUGGUAUUUAAUGAAGUUAUUAUAGUUUUAUUCUCAGGAAGAUUGAAUAUAGUUUUUGUUAUUUUUCAACGAAUGAAGUUUGUUCCUGUGCAAGCUAACCACAUAUCCCUGUUGGAGCAGAAGAUCCUUCCUCUGUUAUUGACCUGCUGCUGUGAAUCGGUAGCGACCGAUGUGAUUUCGAUGGAUAAACGAUCCUUUCCACUGCAGGAACCUGUUUCUAUUUUCCAAAAUAAUUGACGGUUCUGCUUGUGAUGCGUCAGGAAAUGAACUUGUCUAGUAAGAGCCUAUGGUUAAUUUAGAGGAACACAGGUAAGUUUAACUGCCAAAUCUACUGACCACUGGACAAUAAGAAAGCCAGGGUCCAAGAUCUUGAAGAACUGCCUUCUUUUUGUUGAAUUAUGGAAUCUACCCAGGUGCCCUUACCUCACUCACGAUUUCCUUGUGUUUACUUGUACUGUAAAACCAAAUGACACUCCUCCUCGUGUUUGGUUUUCUUUUUUGAAUAGCAUUAAUCAGUAGCAGCGUCUUUUUAAUCAGUAAUUAGUUUUGACGUAAUAGCACAUGUCCCAUAAUGCCGUGAGCCUUGAAACCUUGAAGUUCACCCUCGUGGCUGACGUCCCAUGUAUUCCGAGGGCAUUAACACAGUGAAGUUCACCCUCGCAGCUCACGCUCCAGUAAGGUGAAGUUUAAGGAUGGUGUUUAUUGAUGAUAAAUCUAUUGGUUGAUAUUUUGAAUUUGUGUUAAAUGUUUAUUUCCUAAAUCUCAUCAACACCAGAAUGUCAUUGCUUGCUUUUCCAUCAUUUGACAGUAUGAAUGUUCACAUUUUAAGAUUAUUUUGUUGAUUGAAGUGUAUAUUUUAAUUGUAUCUAUGGUCCGGCAUGCAUUUUGUGUUAAACAUAAGCAGUUCUCCGUUUUAUGAUCAUGUUGGAAUUGGGAAUAUCAUUUAUCCUUGAAAUGUCCUUUACCUGAAAAGGUAAACUGUCACACUGUAAUAGCUGGAAAUGGCUCUAUUUUUUUUUUAAUUUAACAUAACUAUUUAUUUCAGGUAGGCUGUUGUUGUUUUCUUUGAAGGUGACAUACCUAUUGACUCUAAACAGUGUAUUUUUAUUUCCCUCUAUUUCAGAAUGGAAAAUAAACGUUUUUUUUUUU